AUGAUAUCUGCAGACCUUUGCUGGGAGCUUGUUAAAGCCAAUUCGUGCUAUGUUGUCCGCCGCGGCGGAUGCGAAUUCUCAUCAGACCCGAAGAACCUGAUGAAUCUUAAUGCUGCAAAGUAUGUCAGCCUUUCUUCCGAAUCCUCCUUCGGACUCGCUGCAUCUACCAAGGGCAAGCUGCUAUUGACCCAAAAGAGCGGAUCAAAAUUCGAGCGCUUCCCACAAUCGAGCAACCAAACUGUCUCACUUGUCCGUGGACGAAAAGCGUCUAUCUGCGCCGUAAGAAAUAUCCUAGCCAAUUCUGACCGUGCCGACCUUGUUGAUGCCGGUGUUGCCCGCGUGUGCGCCAUCUUCAGAAGCCAGCGCACCCCAAAGCCGCUCAAAAUGAAGAAGCUUCGCAACGGCAAGCGCAACUAG